UGCUGAUAUAGGCAACCACUAUGAUUUUGUGGGGAUAUGUCGCAAGAAUUUUAACAUACACAAUCCCGUAUAAUUGAUAUCUAUAGUAUUUGAUUUAGGUAGAUAGUACUAUCUUAAAUCGUGCUCCGUAGUCCGUAGUAAGGACGUUUCCGGACUCUUCUCUGGGGACAGUGUUUUAAUUGUUUUAACUGGAGUCUUAGACACUCGGUGUACUCACUAUUCACUAGUCUAUAUAGUACUUAGUAAUCUACUAUAGUCUGUACGGUACUACACCUACAUGACAAAACACUGAACUAAUACGUAAUUUUAUGCAUUUGUAUUGAAUAUUUUAUAAUUAUUUAUCUUUUGAGUUUGAACCGGCAUGAUGUAAAUAAAUAUUAAAAAUUCAUAUUAUUCUAAUAUUUUUACGUAUUAAAAUCUUAAAUCCCAAUGAAAUUCAAAAGUUACCUAAGUAGAAUUUAAUAUGUUAAGACUGACCGAUGAGAAAUAAUUAAAGUAACAUGGAAUGUGUAAUUGCUGUUCACGCAGGUGCGGGAUAUCAAAAAGCAACUAAAGAAGCAAAUUAUAAAAAAAUAUGCAUGAAAGCUUGUAAAAAAGGAUUGGAGAUACUAAAAAAUAAUGGAUCGGCCCUAGAUGCAGUUGCAGUAGCCACUAUGGUUUUAGAAGAUUCUCCACUAACUAAUGCUGGUUAUGGAUCUAAUUUAACGUGGAAUGGAGCUGUGGAAUGUGAUGCAAGUAUUAUAGAUGGAUCAAAUAUGCAUUAUGGAGGUGUUGGUGCUGUUUCUGGUAUAAAAAAUCCAAUCGCUCUUGCCAAACUCAUUUGUGAAAAUCAAAAUUUAAAAAUGUCAUUUGGAAGAAUUCCUCCAUGUUUACUUGUUGGUCUCGGAGCUCAUGAAUAUGCAAUAGCAAAUAAUAUUGUAGCUGUUGACCCAUUUAAUUUAAUAUCAGAAAAAUCAAAAAAAGACUUUGUCCACAAUAAAUAUAAAGUUAUUAAUCAAAAGUACAGUAAUUGUCAAGCUGGAAACUCUAGAUUAGAUACUGUAGGUUGUGUUGGUAUGGAUAAGUUGGGAAAUGUUGCUGCAUCAUCUUCUAGUGGUGGAAUUUUAUUGAAACAAGAUGGUCGCGUUGGACAAGCUGCUUUAUUGGGAUCAGGAUGUUGGGCCCAAAAUAUGUCUGAUGAUGUUGCAAUGGCAGUAACAACAUCUGGUUGUGGUGAACAUCUGAUUAAGACAAACCUAGCUAGAGAAAUGUCUAAACAACUUCUUAAUUCUUCUUGCCCUACAAUUGCAAUUACUAAAUGUUUUAAUGAAGAUUUUAUACAUUCACCAAUAUUAAAAAAUUGUAAUGAAAAACUUGCAGGUGCACUGGUAUUAUAUAAAAACAAAGAUUGUUGUGAAAUUUUGAGUGCGCACACUACAAAAUCAAUGUGUAUUGCCUAUGCUACUGAAAAUGACAAAAAAAGUUUUGUGAGCCGUUUAAUGACAAAUACUUUGCCAGGAACUAGUGUAAUGGUACAAGGUUAUCCUAUAUAAGUAUUGUUAAGAAAAAGAGCUUAAAUUUAUAAAUAUUAUAUUCCUUGCCUAAAUAAAAUUGAUUUUAACAAAUAAUAAAGCUUUAAUGUGCUGUUGUGU